AUGUCUGGCGCAUCUCCAACCUACAUCGACACUGCCUUGUGGGGGAAGUUACGGAUGUCGACUCUAGGCGCAGAGCCGACGGACUCUGUCAUGCCCAUGUUCAUCGGACAGGACCGGUUUCGUAUCGGACGCAACACGAGCUGCAACAUGCCAAUCCCCUUAUCGACAGUCGAGACGUUACAUCUGACUAUCUACCGAGCCGGAGACAUCAUCCAUGCCUCAAGUUAUUGGGUCGAAAACCAUACCGCUGGCACAGUAGUGGUGGACGGGCUGGAGCUCCCCCAGAACUAUAUGACUGAGAUUGACCACGGUUCUCGCAUUACGUUGGCCGGUCCCACUGAAGAGGUCAUAACACUGGAGUUUACACCAAUUCCAACUCAAUCGUUCAAAUCCGCCUAUAAACUUGGUACUUACAUUGGAAUGGGAGGCUAUGGGAGCGUGUACGAGGCUAAACACAACAGCACCGGGUCCAUGUUCGCAGUCAAGGUCAUCCGCAAGAUUGGUCUCGGCAGUCCGAAGCGGGAGGAAGAUGAGCACGUGUUGAAGGAAAUACUUCUCCUUCAGCAACUACGUCAUCCCAAAAUUGUAAAUUUGCAGUCAAUCCACGAAACUCGUCAAAACUUCUACAUCGUGAUGGAGCUAAUGCCAUACGGAGAUCUACUUCAACAUACCGUUGCGGAAAAUGGAUUGACCGAGACCAAAGCUAAAAGAGUCAUGGUUGACUUGUGCGAAGCGCCUCGAUUUCUGCACAAGCAUGGAGUUCUGCACCGCGACCUCAAACCUGAAAAUGUACUGGUCGCUAACGUGAAACCUAUUCAAGUCAAGCUCGCAGAUUUUGGACUCGCCAAAUAUGUCGAAAAGGGAACGUUCGCCAAGACUGCGCUUGGAACACCAGUUUACAUGGCCCCCGAGAUAUAUAUCUGCAAGGCGCGCGGCGGCCAAUACGACCAGAAGAUAGAUCAGUGGUGCCUCGGAGUGACCUUGUACAUGAUGUUUGCGCCCACCGACCCCUUCGACCCUGACGAUGUGAAGUGGAACCAUAAACUGAAGAUGUACGAUGAUUUGCGAUCACCAAAGUGGGAGAAUGUCACGCACAUCAGCUCUCAAGCUCGUCAGCUCAUAAGGCUCCUUCUGCAAAAAAACCCGGCGAACCGCCCGAGCAUAGAUCAAAAAUUCCAACCCUUCGUGUCCUCAACUCGUCGCAAACAGCUACGAAACACAAUGUCGGGGCUCUCGGGUGCGGGCGUCACGGUCAUGCCUCACGAAAGCUUUGACCACACCUCAAAGGCGAAUACGAACAGAAAAAACUCUCAACGUUUCUCAACCAAGAGCGAGAACAGUUACAUCGAAGAUCUUUUUACUGCUGGCCCACAUUCCCCUCCCCGAAACACUUCCUGGCGUCCUCUCCUGCAACAGGUUACAGUGUCCAUGCUGUUAAUUUUGUUUGCGUCUGUGGUCUCCCGUCUAGUUCGUUGCGCCCAUGACAGUGACCUCACGUCCUGCCUCCCGAGUCACAUCAUAGAUCUCGUUCCCUCCGUACCUGUCAUGUCCGGCGAGCUUGACCGGCGUUUGUCUGCGCUCGAGUCAGCCGUCAUUGAGCUCCAACAUAUCCUACCUCACCAACAGGGCAGCGUGGCUCUUACGUCUACUGCUACAGAAAUCCAGCGUGCAAUCCAGCAUCAUUGCCAUGGCCACGUCGGCCUCCCAAACUUUGCUCUGCGAUCGGCAGGUGCACAAGUCGUUUCAUCCCUUACCACUCCUACAAGGCCUACACGCCGGUGGUGGAGCGUGCUUCUCAAGUCUCCCCGACUAUCCGCGCACCCACCCGAGUCCGUCCUGGUGUUUAACAAUGACCUUGGAACAUGCUGGAACGUUGGCGCGCCUUCUGGCCAGUUGGGAAUCCUGCUUACAGAGCCCAUCAUAGUUUCGCAUGUCACGGUCGAACAUAUAUCUCCCCAGAUAGCUCAUGACAUCAAGUUGGCACCUCGUGAAGUCCUUGUUUGGGGGCUUGUCAAUGACGAAGAAGUUACUCAAGCGGUAGAGGAGAUCACGCUUCCGGACCGCCUGAAGGAAUUACUUUUAUCUAGGCCUACCCCCCCAAUCUCUGCCGCCAAUUCCUUCAUUCCAUUGGGGCUUGUUGAGUACAACAUAACAGCCGAUGUGUCAAUACAAACGUUUACAGUAUUGGACGAGGUUCGUGCUCUAGGUAUUGCAGUAGAUGUCGUGGUAGUGGAUGUCGUCACUAACUGGGGUAGCCCAACGACGUGUCUUUACGGCGUUCAGAUUCACGGAACGAGGCUAAACAUGUAA